AUGAAGUUCUUUCCCAUUCGAAUUUUUACAGUUUUACAGGCGACAGAGGCGAUCGAUCUUUAUAAAAGUGUUGGAUUUGUGAGCGAAGAUUUAACAAGAAAAAUUGAGCAAGGAUUUGGUAAAAGAUCCAACAAUGUCGAAAUGCACAUGAACAAUCAAAUCUCAAAAUGGCGGCCAGACAUCCGCAAUCCAAUAUCAUCCGAGUCCUCAGAAAUCACAUCAUUUCGCACAAACUUCACAAAGCAGCUUGAUGAUCUUGCAAAGAACGUAGACAGAGAAAUAGCCAACACAGAAGCCGCCGUAAAAGAGAUCAAAGAAGCACUGAAGAGAAGUAUUGGCAAGUUCAACUGGUCUUCAGAGAAAUCAAGCAAGGGCGCGGCUUGGGAAAAUGAAACUUAUUACAAUGCCGGCUAUGUUAAUACAGAUGAAGAUGAUAAGUACAGCUCGCUGCGCAACAUGACGAUUUCGAAUAUGCAGCAGGACAAAUGCUUUGCGAAUGGGGAGAUAGAUGUUUCGUUUGACCAGUCAGCAGUCCACGUACCUUUCAAUGUCUAUUCUUUAUCAACCGAAGUUGUCAGGGGAGCGACGUACACUAAGGAACUCGACCAAAACUUCUAUCAAAACAUCCGCAAAGGCCGCGUCUCAAGCUGGCAAUAUUUCGCCUCGUCUUCUGGCUUCACUAGAUUUUACCCAACUCCGCAGUGGAAGAGGAAGGACGAGUUUGACAGACCUAUCGACUACGACGCGCGUUUCGAACAUUGGUACAUUGGGACGAUCAAUUACCCCAAAGAGGUCGUCAUUGCCCUCGAUGCGUCGGGCUCAAUGAAAGGUUAUCGUCAAAUUCUAGCGACGCUAACGAUACGAAAUAUCAUCGAGAGCUUGACUUCAAAGGAUUACUUCACAAUCAUCAGCUACAAUGAUCAAACGCGAUUCGUACAUCCGUGCUACGAGAACAAACUCUUCCGUGCAACGGACAAAGUCAAAGCUGAAUUCGCCGUUCGAUUGCAGAAAGUGGAAACGACGGGAGUAGCAAAUUUUACGUCUGCCCUUGAAACUGGCUACCGAGUGCUCAAGAACUCGAACCGGCCAGUGAGCACAUCGCGCGCCAUGCUCUUCGUAACGGAUGGGGUUUUGUCGCAGGAUCUCGCUCGCUUCAAUGAAGUAAAAAAGUCGAUCGGAAUGAUGGAAGUGGAAAUGCAUAAUAUAAGAAUAUUCACUUAUCUAAUCGGGAAAGACAUCAAAUAUGCAUCUCGCCUGAAAAAAAUAGCUUGUACUCAUUGCGGUUACUUCUCGCAUGUCGCUUCUCCUGCUGAUGUGAAAGAAAAUGUCAUGAAGUUUUACCACGUGAUGAAUAGACAGCUUGCCAAUGCCAAAAACUCCUAUUAUCAAGCAAUGGAUUUGAUCUUGUUCAAAGCCAUUUUUUUAAAACUGAUCAAAAUCCGACACUUAGCCCCAAAAUGGAGCGAAGUCUACUCUAAAACGUCAAUAGGAGGGGUAGAUGUUCAGGAUAUGAUACUGUCCAGCACAGUUGGAAUUUACAGAACUGACGUGGAAAAGCCAGAUAUAACACGGCUCUUUGGAGUGGCCGGAGUCGAUUUACCGCUGUGGAAAAUUUCAAGGCAUUUCAAGGCGAUGAACAUGGCCCCGAAUUCUCGGCAGUUUCUUCUCAACAAAAGCGGCUUCGUAAUAAUUCAUCCCUACCUUCAAGAUACCAUCGAUGAGAUGACCGUUCGGCGAUCCUAUCGAAGCAUGUCUCUCCACCAGCUCGAGUACAUUUCGGAUCCAAACUGGGUUCAGGAUUUUCGACUGAUACUACACAAAAUGAGCAGAAAAAAUUAUCUUGAGUUCAAAAAUGUUCCAGUAAAAAUGCCUCUUGAUUGCGUUGGAAACCCAACAUGCGAUAGAAGGGACCCAGAGUGCUACUACGAUCAUUGCCAAAGAUUCCUCUUUUCUCAGACGACAUUUCAAUUUCAAAAGAUCAGCGGUGGUUUCAUCGUCGGCCAGGCGAUUCCGAGCGAACAUGCGAACACGAAUAUUGGCUUGUCGCGAAAGUUUAGAUCUGAUAAAACAAGUUUUGUUGGAGGGAACACAUGCAACUCGAAUUAUCGAACACGUACGCCAAGGCAGGACUAUCUCUGUGAGCUUCUAAGGGAACUAAGAAAUGCCAAUCAGAUCUCUUUGCCAAACCAAUGGAGAUACUGUUCUCGAAAGAAGACGGCUACGAGACGUGACGAUUGUCGCGAUUUCACUCAGAAAGAAGCUCUGACUGAGUACUUGACUGAAAGAAACCCGCGAUUCGAGUGCGAAGAAAAUAUGAUCGACGCACUUCUGUAUGAUGUCAAGAUCACGUCCAGCUUGAUCAAUAUUUGGUCUGAUGUGUUCAGGGAUCAAAAUGACAACGCAAGACUUAUGAUUGACUUUGGCUUUUGCUUGACCAGAAGUGGCUUGAUCAGAUUUCUCGACAACUCGCCUCAGGGACAACAAAAAUCAAUUACGGCUCUGGAUGAUUAUGGACGCUUUUCCAAAUCUGGAUAUCCUCUGUAUUACCAGAAGACAGUUGGAUAUCCUUCGAAAACUUACAUCUUCACGAUGUCUCCAAUCAGUGAUUCGUUUCUUAUGACAAGGGCGUAUUAUGUUGGCGAGAAUUCUAAGAUCCAGGAAAACGAAUAUGCUCCAAUGAUGAUAACUGGCUUUCAAGUCAAGAAUAAGUACCUUCUGGGAAUGAUAAGAGAAAAACUCAAUCAUCGGCAAAUAUUCGAUGCGGUUGGCGGAAGUCCUUGCGGCGACUGGAACAAGCCAAACGAGCAGUGCUCGGGUGGUUAUAGGUGUUUUGUUAUUGAUGACUUUGGCUACGUAUACCUGAGCUCGAGGGCAACCGAUGAGGUUGGUAAGCACUUGGGAACAGUGGACCCUACUUUGUUCGAAACGAUGAUCACCGACCCGCCAAAACUCUUUCAAAAAUUCGAGUUUCGCAAUUAUCAAAGUACCAGCAGACAGAACCAAACCAACAGUCCCAUUUUAUUGGAUUUGGAGGAUCAGAUCAAUUCGGAUUUUCAUAUCGAUAGAAGCUGCAUCAAAGACUACACGAUCUAUCAAUUCAACCGACGAUCUGAUACUUCCAGUGAUUAUACUACUGUUUGUCCGGGACCAUCAAAAUUUCCAGGAGAUCCCAUCGAUCAAUGCUACGAGCGAAAAUUCGCGCUUCGCCCAAUCUUUUCUACGAAUCUUCUCAUGCUUUGGGUUCAAUGCUGCGAUACUGGCGACGAAACGGUAGAAGGGCCAAAUAAUGGAGUUCGAAAUAAUUGCAUCGAGCCACGUAACUUUACGCAGACGCUGAAAGCCCAGGAAGUGGCAGAGAGCGAGGAGCAAUUUUGCGAACUUGCGCAAGAUCAAGCUGAAGAUCUGCAGAGUACAGAGAUGAUCGAUAAUAUCGAAAAAGUCGAAAGCGUCAGUUUCGCCAAGCAAUUAGGUUGCUCGGGCUGUGCCUUUCAAGUAAUCAAUUUAUCACUUUUCUUCCUACUUCUUCUUCACUGCCUUAAUUAA